UUAAUAUUUUUUAUAAUUGUUUUUAAUUAUUUUACAAUUUUCCGCAAGCUUCGGAAUUAGGUAAGAGUAAGGGCCCCACUAAUAUAUUUUAACCAAGCCGGAAGUUGUACUAGAUUGGUUUCGGCUUUUCGAUAUUUAUUCACCAACUCUUUUUAUACCUGAAAAUGGAUAUCACCGCUUUUCCAAACGACAUAUUCCUCAUAGUGAUAGCUUACCUCUCACCGAAAGACCUAAUACUCUGCCGUUCGGUAGACAAACGAUUCCAAGCCGCCUUCACGGAAUCAGAUCUCAAUCGACAUGUUCUUGUUCAGCACUAUCCUCGAGCACGAGAACUUCGUCAUAUAGAUCUAAAUGUGGACUGGGCUCAAACAUUUGCCAAGGUUGUAGGUCGAUACCAUCAUUUGAAGACUGGUAAGCCUCGAAGCAUCUCAAAGCUUGCUCUUGGACGCUCCUUUGUCGUUCCAUCAUGGGCACGUUACUAUCCCAUUUCUCCUUGGCAACGUCAUCUGCAAUUCGAGGAGAAGACCGCGGCAUUCCAUUAUCCGGAUUCUUUAUGGACUUAUGAAGAGGGAAUCUUGAUUUUCCCUUCCGCUGAGCUCCAGAAAUACGUCUUGUUUGAUCUUGAGACAGGAAACUCAAGCGAGGUAGGGUUCAAAAGUGAAGGAAAGAUCAUAAGGAGGAUAAGACUAUGUCAGAGGGUCCUUGUGGUGGAAUGGUGCGAGCAGGAUGCUUAUCACCAGUUGAAUGAGAAUGAGAUGGUCUUCAGACAUUUUGCAACGGCCUACGAUGUGAGUCGGGAAUUGGACGGAAAAUGGUCCAUGGUUUUCAGAAAUGAGUGGAAGAUCCAUUUCCUAGGAUUUCCUUUGAAUUCAAGAGAUCGAUUUUUCAGCACGCACAACAAGACACACUAUGCCAUCUAUCUAUGGCAACCAAACCGCAGUGCUUGGGGCGAGGACGAACCUAUUGAAGGAUUAGCAGUUUGGGACAUCUCAUCCGCAUCUGCAUAUUGCCCCAGUGAAGAUCCGAGUGGAAAACGGAAACCUGAAGGACAAGGACCCCAUGUCAUCCGACGAUUCUCCUUUGCGGACCUUAGCUUCUACUGGAUUAGACAGCGUUCAACACCUGUCUUACGAAGUCUUGAGUUAGACGAGAACCACGUGUAUAUCAUCGAGGAGGAUCAUAGAUGGCUCGUCGGUCAACAGGCUAGCCAUACACUUCCUAGACUUCACAAGGUAAAGACGACCGGAAUCCCAUUUUCUCCAGGACCAUGUUGGACAGACGAAUGCGGUGCAGAUGGUGAUGUUCACCUUUCAUUCUGUGAGAGAGUCUCGGACAUUCGUCGACCAGAAGUCGCUCCAUGUUGGAGGCAUGAGGAAUUCCCAUAUCUAACAAUCAGCGAAGCAAUCGAUGCCGAAGCAGGUGUCGUGUUCAGCGCAAGACAUUGCUUUAUGCUUGAGACGAUUUCCAUCAACGUCAAACCUCGAGUACAGAUGACUGGACCUGGAUAUGAAAUUUCUCUGCGAGACGAUUUGUGGACCCAAUUAAUGGGAAAGGGAAAGAUAUGUGGAGAUGAAAGAUGGCUAAUCGGAGAAAAUUCACAGCAAGAGGUGGUUAUCUUGCACUUCGACGAGGAUCCAAAGUUGGUUAACUCAGUUGCUUAAUAGACCUCAUCACUACCAAUUCCGGGCUAGCCUUGAUAUGUGAAUCUGCCAUCAAAUUUAUUCGCAAGAAGGACUCUAGCACCAUUGUCAGCUCGCGAUCUUCGAUCCUGUUGACCAUUGAUAGCACGAUGUUCGGACAAUCAUCAGGGAAAGCGGUCCUUGUAUGUUGAACGAUCUACGGAGUACUAUCACUGCUCGCACUGAUAUCAAACCCCCUGAAGUCAGCUUACAACGGGUUGG